UGAAUAUUCAAAAGCUUUGUGAAGAUUAAAAUUAAAUAUUUUUAAUAAAAAAUGCCAAAAAAUUAUCUAGAUGACGGAAAUUUAACAGAACAAAGUUGUGAUGAUUGUGCUAAAGAUACAUGCUUGAUUUGUCGGAACUUUAAUCGAUAUGCUACGAAAAAAAGUUUGUCUCAAGGACUGAUUGACAUCGCUUUACUCACAGCCAACGCUUCCCAACUGAAGUCCAUACUCACCGCAGGGCCCCAAUAUCGCUUUUACCAUUUGAUGCUUGGAUUAAUUGUUGCCUCCAUCGCUUUACAGUUAAUUCAAGCAUCUUUACUGUGCGUUCUUGGCUUUUCGUGCAACAUCAACAAAGCAAAAUGUCAUUGGCGAGCGAAUUUCAUCAACAAUUUGGUAGUUUUGACAACAACUUGCACGACAGUGAUCAAUACGAUAAUUUCCCUUUUCGAUCUACAAAGUUCUCCGAGAUUUUUGUUUCAAGAUCCGUAA